AUGGCCGAAUUUAUAAAGACGUUUGUUUGCCUCUUCAUAUAUACCCGCGAGAAGACCCUUGAUGCUCUCUUACAAAAUGUUUUGCAAGAAAAGAAGCUGUUUCUUCUUUAUUCCAUUCCUUCCGGAAUGUAUGCGCUGUACAACAUUCUGUCCUUUUACUCGAUUUCUUUGGCCGAUCCAACCACUUACUUUGUGCUUUUACAAUCAAGAAGCUUGGCAACAGGAAUUAUCUACCAAAUUCUUUUCAAAAAGCAGCUAAGUUGUCUCCAGUGGCUCUCGCUGGUUACUCUUACUGUUGGAACAUCGAUGAAGCAGUUUUCCUUCUCAUCAUUCAACUUUGUGUUCAACGAAGCGAUUCCGCUGAUUUUGAUACAGAUAGUUUGCGCUUGCUUUGCCGGCGUUUACAACGAGUACUUGCUAAAGGCCAGGAAUGCGGACUUUUGGGUUCAGAAUAUAUUUUUCUACGUCAACUCGAUCAUCAUCAACGGUUUCAUUUUUAUCAUUCAAGGAAAUGUCAACAAGACAAUUUUGGCGAAUACUUUUAAAUUGCCAGCUUUGAUCAUCCCUUUCAACCUGGCUUUGAUUGGAAUUACGACAGUCAUGUUCUUGAAACACUUGAACUCCAUUCUGAAAACAAUCGCAGCAGCUUCUGAGCUCUUCUUUGCUGCAUGCUUGUCCUACCUCUUCUUCGGCAUCCCGAUUGAGAUGGGGACAAUCGUCUCAGUUGUCAUGAUUUGGCUUUCGUUGUACAUUUACGCGGUAAAUCCCAUCAAGCAACCAGAAAAACAGACGAGUGAAGACGAAGUUAUUGAAGAAAAACUAGACCUGUUGAAAUCUGACAAAAACUCGAAUCCAGUUUGA